AUGCUUAUAUCUGGGACCAAGAUGCAGCUCUAUUUCCAACCAACACCCGAAAAUCCGUAUGCUUGGGAUUACUCUGACAAUGAGACAGGAAUCCCCACCGAGCCGUAUGAUGAACUUGGAGCGAUCUCUCUUUAUCUCAGGUUCAGUUAUCAUCUUGCAUGCCUUAUGGGAGGGCUCUUGUCCUUCUCCAUGUUAUAUUUAGUGCUGUUUAAAACUACUGGGCAUUUGAAGAGCUAUUCAAGAAUGUUGCUGCUGUGCUCUGCGACAGACAUCAUGUACUGGUUCAUGGACAACAUGAUUCAAAUGGUAAGCGGUACACAAAAAAAUCUUCUGAAGAAAAACGUUGACAGAAUUACUUUUCAAAUUUUGUCCAGAAAAAAUUAAAUAUUGUACCUAUCAUCUUGCAAAAAGUUUCUAUUCUUCAGAAAGCAAAGCUCGAAGAUGGAGUGUUUAUGGUAAAGCUGGAAGGUCCGGCAAGUCGUCUUCCCUACGCCUAUCACUCUGUUACCAUGGCACUCUACGUUGUUACAUUGGCUUGGAUUCACAGUAUUCUGCCGGCUCAAUACUUCUUCAGAUAUUAUGCUGUUACUCGGUAAUCAUAUUUGGGAUGACAAACGUAAAUGAUGUUACUUUAGGUCUCGUCCAAUGACUGGCUUUCAAACCGCGGCUCUGUACAUGGUCUCGUUGGCGUUUGCCAUUCCAAUGGGGUCGAUCGCUUAUCCCUGUUACGCUUACUCUCCAACGAUUCGACCACAUUUCAACUAUGGCACUUUAUGGUAUCGAGAAGUCCCACUGCCCAAAGUUUUGUAUGCCGAUAUUGUAAGUCAUCUGUCUAUCAUUAAGUAACUUUCACUUUUUAGCGCUACAUCUACCAGAAGCUAUACUUCCUAUACUCCAAUGUUUUUGUCACCUCGACAUACGUAUUAUCGCUCUAUUAUGCAUACGGUACGAUCCAGUUCCUAAAACACAACAGUGAUAUGUAUUCCGAGAGGACCAAAGCGAUGCAAAAGCAACUUUCAAGAGCGCUGUUCUUUCAGGUAAGAAGGAAUUUUGAGGAGCACAGAAAACAAUCCAUUUUAAGAGCUGCCUUCCAGUCAUACUCUCAAUCGGCCCCAUUCUACUCAUCUGCGUUCCCUCGUUCUUCUACCUCAACACUGGCCGCUCCGCCUUGGUAUUGAUGAACAUCACGAGUUGGGUGCCAGUUUUCAACCCACUGUUGACAAUCUCAGUCAUCGUUCCGUAUCGCCGAGCUGUGGUUGCCUGCUUUGCUGAGCACAAAGUUCACACUUCCUCGGCGAAGGACACAAAGGACAGUUCGGCAAAACAGACCACUCAUGACAAUGGAAUGGAUAUGAUGAUGUAG